AUGUCACCCUCCCAACCACAACCAGAACGCCACCAGCACCAACAACAACAACAUACCAAGAAGCCGUCCCCGUCUCAACCUCCGGCUCUACCAAAAUUCGAACCCCUCCCGCCGACCAACAUCCUCAACCGCCUCAUCAACGCGCUCCUCGCGCCGCUCUUCUACCUCGUCUUCACGCUCAUCACGAGCAUCGUCGUCGUGCCCGUCUACGUCAUCAUUGAUAACUUCAAGCACGGCCGGGGGAAGCGUGGCGGCCAACGUGUCGCAAAGGACGAGUCCGAGCGGCAUCCAGAAGGGAGGAACAAGGCGUCUAGCUUUCUGAGGGAGUAUGGACGGAGUCAUUCAGCAGCGGCAUCGAAGGACGAGUGA